UAGCAAUCUCCACGAUCACAAAAAACAAAAAACAAAAAAAAAACAAAAUCCCAAAAAUUAGAAAAGCUGUAGAGAAAAUGGGGACGGCGAUUCUCCGAUCACAGGAUUGUCUUCGAGAUCGUUUCCGCCACGAAGCCCUAGCCCUAACCUUGACUUCACGCUCCGGAUCGCGCCGUAGCCCCAAUUUUCCUAACCCUAACCCUAACUCCGGCUCUAAUGGCGCGCAGUCUCGCCGCCGGAAGAGGAGUCCGGUCGGCGUUCAAUCCAAUCAACGCGAUCGGUACGGCGAUCGGAUGGUGGCAAAGGUUCCGGGGAAGAACUUGGUGAUGGGGCAGGUGAAGAUCCUCAGGCGCGGCGAGGCGUUGAAUCCGGCGACGGAAGAUAAGAGAGUGGUCGGAGUUGGUGGUAGAGAUGAUCGGAAGGCGAGGGAGGAGAGCGUGGAGUGUUCGGAUUCGGAUCUGGUGUUGGGAUCCACAGACCGGUUGGGACCCGACCCGGAGACGGUGCAGAAGCAGAUCAAGGUUGCAGAGUUCAAGGUGAUGGAUGCGAUCUACGCUGGAUCGGGAGCUUAUUAUGCUUCUCCGCCGCCGAGCUCCGUUCCGUUGCCGGCUUUUUUGGCUAAGAACGGUGCGGCGACCAGCGAUCUGCGAAGGCUGCUGCGUCUCGAUUUGGUGUGAACACCACGUGGCCAUCCGACGAUGAUCGGAGAGUGACCGGAUGGAUGAUCCUGGUUGAGCGUUUGAUCGGACGGUGGAGACGCGGAGUGUGGAGGAUUGAAAUCAGUGGCUGAUGAUGAUGAUAUGUUCGAGUUGGCUCAAUUGCUUCCUUUAUUUUUUCAAGAGGAAUAGUGGCAUUGAGUGUGAACAAUGGUUAUGGUAAUAGCAGGUUUCUAGUUUGUGAAUUGAAAGAAGAAAAUGGAGUAGGAAAUCUGGGUUUACUUUGUAUAUUGGGGUAGCAUGAUAAUGUUCAAAGAGUGAGGGAGGAGAGGUAAUGUGUGUGGGUAUCUAUGUGUUCUCAUAGAGUAAUGGUUCGAGUUUGUUUCGUGUUCAUGUAAUGCUACUCGUCUUUAUCUUAUGUUAAAAUGAAUAUGUAGCUUCAAAGUUUAUUGGAAUAAAAGUUCAGCGUUUUAGUACUGA